UAAUACGAAGUCGACAUUCAGUCGACUAGCUUCAAUUUUUCUCGUUACUUAUUUCAUUUUAUUAGUCUGUCAAACGGAGACACUGUUCUAAUUAAGAAUACGCGCAGCUUCCUUGCCAGUUCAACGAUCCAACAGAUGUUUGAUGUCUCCUAAAAAGAGUUACCUUGAAAUCAUUGACAAUCAUUUUACUGGCAAUAUUCUAUAUUAUCAACGCUGCUUCAUCAUCGUCGGCAUUCCACGACGCUAUUUAUUCACUGAUAUGUAGAUACAUUGACGCAAAACAACGUUGAUGAAGCAAGGUAACGUUGGUGAUUUCAAGGUGAUCCUCGUGAACAGGCUGAAACCCAGCCGGUGGCGUUCGAAUGUCUGGACACAGGGACUCAACGUGUCAAAAGCAUGAACUCCCAAAAUCUUUACAAGGGACAGAGGAUGCCGAGAUUGUGUGGGGUAUGAUAACCGAGAGAUUUCCAAAUGCUGCACCGCUUUUGUGCGAAAUGGAGGCGGUCAUCGACCGUGCGGAGGAUCUUCUUCAACAGCUGAAGACACCUUGUCGUGAAAUCGAGACGUCGACCUCUUUUUGUACGCAAGAUUCGGAAGAAUCUACCCUUAUGAUUUCCGCUAGAGGAUCACUGACUACCGAGAACGAAAUUCUGGAAGAGGUUGAAAUGACAAGUAGAACCGUAGGAGUCUCGGAAACGACUAUCUACGAACAAGAAAGCGAUACGAACGAACAGAAUAAAGGAUUGCUUUCUAAAGAACAGGUGACUGAGAAUCUGUUCAGUGAUUCGACUGUGAUACAUCCUCCUGUCAUGAAGAAAUAUUCGAGCGAUGAAUCCGCCUCUAUAAACGUUGAAACAAUGAGUACGCACAGCUCUUAUUUUAACGGAAUUGAAAUGAUGUUUCGUAAUAAUUCAGUAGUAAUCCAUUCAGAUAUCGAUGAAACGGCAAAGGAAGCGCGCAGCUUAGAGGGAUGGGGUAAAAUAGUGGACGAUGCAAUGCAAGGGAUCAUUGGUAUUAGAAACAAAUUAAAAUCAAUUCGUUUAAUCGAAGAGGUUUAUAUUUUAAUUGUUACUUCAAAAGGGGAUCAGCAUAUUAAGAAACCAGAGAAAUCAAUUGUGAAACAUGUACCUCAUGAAGAAACUAAAACUAGAAGGCAUAAAGCAAAUGGUAAUUUAUAUUCACUUUCAAUGCAGUACAAAUGUUUAACAUUAAAUUAUGAAUUUCGCAAAGAGUCGUGUAUUAUUCUGCAUCGUCAAGAAUCCUCAGAUAUCGGUGAUUCCGAGGUGGAGAACGAUUUCGAUGGAAACGCGAGGAGCCACAAAUUAAUCGAGAUGAAGCAGGAACCCGUGCAUCUUUCUUUUCAAGGUAGUGGUGAUAAGAGCGCACCGAGAAAAGAAACGCCGUUGUGCAUUCUAGAGGCAUAUGCAAAUCGUUGCAAUGUAUCGGUCGAAUAUGAAAAUAUAACGGAUGGUCCGCAUCGUCACAAAUCUAACGUGUACGUGAUACGUGGAAAUCUUGCAGGAUUCGCUGUAACGUGCCGAGGUUUAACCGAAGAGUCGACUAAGAACGAUUUAGCCGCGAAGAUUCUGCAAAUGAUCGCGAACCGACAGAUGAAGGACGAGAAACUCGGUCAGCUCGCGGAACUUACGAGGGACGAAAUGAUGAAGAUAAUUAAUUUUGACACGGACGACCUGAAAGACACCGCUCAAAAGAAGCUGUAUCAACUCUGUCUCGAAAAAGAGCAACAAGUUCCAAAAUACUACAUAUCAAAACUGAAGACUUAUCAGGGUUUUACUUAUAAUGCUACUUGCUACGCAUUAGGCUACUCUACCGAAGGAUGUGGUGUGAGAGAGUGCGUAGCCAAGAAAGCCGCUGCUGAUGAAUUGUACCAAAAAUACUGCGAGGGUCAGAAGCCGACGCUCAAAGUACGUAUUGAUAAUGCCUUUAUCGACUCAGUUUAAAAAAUCGUU